AUGUCGAUUCCCGGGUUGAGCCCACCGAUGACCCUGAAGCGUGAUCGACAGCAGAACCUCCAGGCAGUAUGGCUUCCAAGAAUCAGGAGCCCCCCCUCGCCCAAGGCGCACCAUGUCGGAGAGCAUUGGAGCGGUGCGAAUCCUGUUCCGACUGUCCAGAAAUUCAUCGAGCGCCUGGACCAUGAAAAGAAAGAGCGAGACCGGCAGAUCGAUGAAGACGAUAGAAAGCGGACCGAGGCCGAGAGGCAACAGAAAUCCGCAAACAAGGGCAAGAAGUCAGGGCAGAAACCUGAGGGAAGUGAAGCUGAAGGGAAGGAGGGAGACGCUGUCACGCACAAACCCCGCGAGGUUUCCCAGCAUAAGAUCCGUACCGUGACCGACCCGACUACUGGAAAGGAUAUUGGAGUAGAGGAUCAAGAUGAGACAUCAAUGGAAGCUGUCAAAAACCCUAUGUUGACUGUUCCUAAUGCCAACCUCGACAAGCCAACCGACGUUAAAACAAGCCCCGACCAAGAACUCGAUGAAUAUAAGGAGAAACAAGAUAUCACGGCCCCUCCCGACCCUGUGGCCGAGGGCACAACGUCGGAUGUCCCUAUCCGCGGCGAGAAGACGAACGUUCUCUUCCACCCAACGCCUACCAUCUCGUACCAACCCAUGUUCCAACAACUAGAAUCCCGAGCCCGAGCACUGUGUAUCGCUAUUCCUUGCGCAAUUGUCGUCCUAGGUAAAUUUUUUGGCGGUUCUCUUUGGGGUCUGAUCCCGCUGGCUGCAUGUAUCACCAGUGGAGUAUGGAUGUGGAUGCAGCAAGUUAUCUCGAGCGGAAAGAACAUGGAAUGGAGCAGUGAACAGCUUCGUGGGCAAAUGGCUACUGCGAACCUCUUGCCGGAGUCAGUUGAAUGGAUGAACUCUUUCCUUGGUGUUGUAUGGGGCCUUAUGAACCCUGACAUGCUAUCUCCAGUGGCCGACACCAUCGAGGAUGUCAUGCAAGCAUCCGCUCCGAAGGUGGUCGAGAACGUGCGGAUCGCAGAGAUCGAUCAAGGGAACAAUCCCUUUCGCAUCCUGAGCAUGCGUGCCCUCCCAGAUGAACAUGUUCAGAACCUGAAAGAUAACAUCCACGAGGAAAAUCUCAAAAACAAGGAUCCGCAGGAAGCCGCAGCCGCCGAAGAGGGAGGAAGCUAUUACAAUAUGGAAGCCUCAUUUGCCUACCAUGCCAAGCCAACCUCUCAGUCAACUUCUUCGAAGGCCGAGAAUAUGCACAUGCGGCUUGUCUUUUAUCUGGGUAUUCGCGGUCUGUUCGGUGUGCCAUUCCCGGUUUUCGUGGAAUUGACAGAGCUGGUUGGCACCGUCCGCCUGCGUUUCCAGAUGAUGCCAGAGCCCCCAUUCAUGAAAGAUGUCACCUUCAGUUUGGUUGGUAUUCCCCAUGUGCGAGCCGGUUGUAUGCCGAUGCUGCAGCGGGGUGUGAACAUCCUCAAUCUGCCUCUGAUCUCCAACUUCGUCAACUAUGCCAUUGGGGCCGCCUGCUCCAUGUUUGCUGCUCCAAAGUCCAUGACGAUGGAUCUGAGUAUGAUGCUCAAAGGCGACGACAUCCACAAGGAUACUUUGGCAUUAGGUGUCAUGUGGGUUCGCAUUCACCGCGCUAUUGGACUGAGCAAACAAGAUCGCCGGGGUAGUGAGGGUGGUGGCAGUGAUCCAUACAUCAACCUUUCCUUCUCUAAAUACGGAAAGCCUAUGUACUGUACCCGAGUGAUUACUGAUGAUCUCAACCCCGUGUGGGAGGAGACGGCCGCGCUGCUCGUGACCCCCGAACUCAUCAAGGCGGAUGAAAACCUCAGCAUCGAGCUUUGGGACUCGGACCGAAACACCGCUGACGAUAUCGUCGGCAAGGUCGAAAUGCCAAUCCGGGAAAUGCUCCAGCACCCCGGCCGCAUGUACCCGCAGGUUUCCAAGUUGCAGGGCAUGCAAGAGGGAAGUGAGAUGCCGGGCCAGCUGCACUGGGAAGUGGGGUACUUUGGAAAGCCUAAGCUCCGACCCGAGCUGCGGACCGAUGGCAUGAAGAAGGAUCUUCCUGAGAAUUUCAAGGGCGACCCGAAAUUUGAGGAUGAGAAGGGCACGAUCCAAAAUGAACAGGAAGAUGCGGUUGUCCACACCCCGCCUGAUCCACUCUGGCCCAGUGGGAUUGUCCAUAUCGUUGUACACCAGAUUGUGAAUCUUCAAUUCGAAAAUAUCAAGGGCAGCGAUGGCAAUCGCCGAGGCAAGGAAUACGAGCCCGCGAAGCCGUAUGGUGAAAACAGAGAGGAAGUGGGUGAACAUCUACCUACCAGUUACUGCAAAAUCUCUCUCAACGACCAACUGAUUUACCGCACCCGUCCCAAGGCCGUCAGCUCUAAGCCAAUCUUCAAUGCCGGUACCGAGCGUUUUGUGCGCGAUUGGAGGUCGGCCGUCGUGACAGUCACCGUCCGGGAUCAGCGAUAUCGCGAGCACGACCCCAUUCUAGGCGUUGUGCCUAUCAAACUGUCUGACCUCCUCCAGACCAGUUCCCAGGUGACACGAUGGUACCCACUCGACGGUGGUAUCGGGUUUGGCCGUAUGCGCAUCUCAAUUUUGUUUCGUCAUGUCGAGACCAAGCUGCCACCAAACAUGUUGGGCUGGGAUGUUGGCACCUUCGAGUUCAUCUCGGAUAAGAUCGAAGCCAAGGGGUAUGGACGUGUAGCCAAGAUCAAGACGCGCACCGGUGGAAGCACUGGGAAGAUCCCUCGGGCCAAGGGCCGCCUUGACGGCCGCGACGCGAUCUAUGAUACGUCAGAUGAGAAUCUCCGCGAUGGCCUCCGGCUGCCUGUGAAGUAUCGCUACCGCUCGCCUGUGGUCUUUGAGUUCCACAACCAGGGCAAGCGGGGCGCCGCAGCGUAUGCUGUCUUGUGGCUGCAACACCUCGUCGACAACGAAGACACCGACAUCGACCUCCCAAUCUGGACAACCAAGAUGGGCGCCCGUCUGACCCAGAACUAUGUUACCGAAAAGAACUGGCGUGCGAAGGAGGUUCCUGGGCUCGAAGACCUCCAGGAAGUCGGCCGCCUGCAAUUCCGCUGUCGCUUCUCGCCGGGCAUUGACGAAUCUCACGAGCGCUUCGUGGUUGACAAUGACUCUCGCGAGUCUUUCGAGACCUGGGAGGCAUGUCGGGACGAGGGUGUCAGAUCCCAGACCGUCGCUGCCGAGGUUCCACCCGAGGUGCUCCAGAAGCAUGAGCAGUCCCUCGUCGAGGGUCGCGACGUCUUGAAGCAAGCCGAUCCGGCCGAGCGACGGCGCUGGAUUGAUCGCGAAGGAAACGACUGGAGUGGUGCCUUCGGCCACGAUCCUCGCGCGUACACAGAUGAGAUGGGGCGCAAGAUCGCCGAACCUGGCCGAGAUGAACCAGCCCACGAUCCUGUGGUGCCUCCACCACUCAAGAGUCAGGCUUCCACCAAGCCUAGCGUUGAUGGGAAGGACCGGGAACAGGAUGACACCAGUGACUCCGAAAACUCAUCCGAAGAAGAGGAUUCGUCCUCUGGUCCCUCUGUCGUCAGUGGGAGUGGGGCGGCCUCUUCAUCGCAGACGAACUCUGCCCAGAACGACCGGGCAAACCGACGCAGCGAACAGCGACAGCAACGUGGACUGAUGCAGUGGCGGCCUGCGCGCAAUGCAGCAUUUGCCAAGGACGAAGCUAAGUUUGCCUUGAACAAAAUGAAGAAGAAGAUCGGUGUUAGCGGUUUGACAGGACGCGAGCCAGAUGUUGAGACAGAAACCUAG